AUGCGGACCUUUGGGCACCUGCACUCUUCGAUUUCGACACCGACGCCGACCGUCAAGGACUGCCUCUCCCGUGGAAGCAACUCACGCACUCUCCAUCGUACCCUGGAUCACAUACGAAACUUGGUCCCAGAUAUUCAAAUCAUCGGCGAAACCGACGAUACGGGGACCCAUCUUCUCCCCCUCCUCCCCCACCCCAUUCUGAUCGACCUAACUCUGAUCCACAAACACUUCACCAGCGAACCUUUCGUUUUCGAGGCAUACAACUUCCCCUCUCUUACUAGCCUCCGUCUCGGCGCGUACAACCAACCACAGACACCCAAAGCAUUCGACUGGUCUAGGAUCCGCGCCCAGAUCUUCAACCUCACCACUCUCUCGUUGUACCACCUCACAUGGGAGAUGGAGGUAUCCGAGAUCGUCCAACUCUUCCUCGCGACUCCGAAUUUACUCUCCCUGACGAUGGGAGUCUCGACCGACUACAACGCCGUUUUCGAGCACUUCCAAAUCGACUGGAACGGCCAUGCGCUCCUCCCAAAACUCAAAGAACUGACACUCGAUUGCGUCGAUGCACGGUACAAGGACCUCGAGGAUGAUACUUUGGCUGGGACGACGACGUCCCGCCCCGAGUCUUCGAGGUUCCUCAGCCUCACUGCGGAUGGGUUUUCCGAGAUGGUCAAAGACCGAUGGAGACCGGUAGAGGAAAUUGCACAGAUAGAGCGUGUAUCGCUGUUCCUUCCACGAACACACGAGCCGAUGCUCGAGGCUGUGCGACAUUCCCUUCGGCGAGAGGUGAAGGAAGGCCUGCACCUAACCGUCCAAGUAUCCGAGAGGCCGCUAUGGGACGAUCCUCACCUCGGAGACUUGGUACACUGGGACGAAAAGUAG